GUGGCCGGCGCUCAGCGCUUCCGGUUCUGGGGGGAGCCGGGCUCGGGAGCCGACGGGGUCGUGCUCGAGGUCCGCGUGCCGCAGGUCCUGCAUCUUCAAUAUGGAAUGUAUGCCUGGCCCUGUGCUGUGGUGCUGGCCCAGUACCUGUGGUUUCACCGGAACUGUCUUCCAGAAAAGGCUGUCUUGGAGAUUGGAGCUGGAGUGAGCCUUCCAGGGAUUUUGGCUGCUAAAUGUGGUGCCAAAGUAAUACUGUCAGACAGUGCAGAGCUGCCUCACUGCCUGGAGAUGUGUCGGCAAAGCUGCCAACUGAACAACUUGCCACAAGUGCAGGUUGUAGGACUGACAUGGGGCCAUAUCUCUCAGGACCUUCUAUCCUUACCACCACAAGACAUCAUCCUUGCAUCUGAUGUCUUCUUUGAACCCGAAGACUUUGAAGACAUUUUAGUCACAGUCUACUUUUUGAUGCAGAAGAAUCCCAAGGUUCAGUUAUGGUCUACAUACCAGGUUAGAAGCGCUGACUGGUCACUGGAAGCUUUGCUCUACAAGUGGGACAUGAAAUGUAUCCACAUUCCUCUGGAAACUUUUGAAGCAGACAAGGAAGAUCUAGCAGAGUCUUCCCUUCCCGGAAGACAUACUGUUGAAAUGCUGAUCAUCUUUGCAAAGGGCAGUCUCUGAAAUAUACCUACAGGCUGUUCCGGCUCAGUGUCAAUACUGAAAGAGCAACCGGAUACUAGGACCACUUCAGCUCAUGCAAAUUAGGUGGCUUUGAAGAUGGUCAAAUCUGCUGGCUUUAAGGUUGUGAGGUCACCUGGUCAAUGUUCAUGUACAACAUAAAAAUUAAAACACUUCUUAAAGGA